GCAACCCCACCAAGCCCAUUAUCUUAAACAUCCCGAUGUCUAAAUACCAAUAACUAUUUGAUUACACGACGAGACUCUUCAAAAGAUAGAUAUGUAUCAAUACUUUCUUACAGCGAGAAUACGUUCAAGCCAAAUUGAUGAUAAUCAUCUUCGCCGCCCUAGAGUCUUGUCCGCCUCGAACAGUAUGGGUAGAAUCAUCAAAUCCUGGGGCUGACGUUUCCAAGUUCACGUCAGAUGUACGCUGAUUGGACAGGCCCUGAGUUAUUGCGGUAUUUUACUCAGGAUAAUGGAGAGCUUCUUUAUCCUCAUCACGACCGAAUCCGACUUGUGAAGUUCAGGUUUCGACUCUCACCUGGAUACAAGAUAAUACAAAAAGUAAGCAAAGAAUAGCGGGACUGUUAGGAUGAGAUUUUCUCUACGAGGAGUUCUGCUGCUCGGGUCGUUCGCAAUUAGAGGGGUACAAGCACAGCUCGACACUCAGGUUCCAAUUGGCACUUUUCAAGGGAAUUACUCAGACGUUUGCCAUGAUGCCUGCACCGCCCUCACCACCGUCCUCGGGCCUAAAGUUCACCACAAUGGCUCACUCCCCGAAUCCCUUUUCUCGGGCUACUACUCUCUUAUGCAACGAUCUACCAUUCCCCUUUGCAUAGUUCACCCUAUUUCAGCAGAAGAUGUCUCCCAAGCCAUCAAAGUCAUCUCUCGGCACACCUGCAUCUUUGCCAUUAAGAGUGGUGGUCACGCCAUGUUCCCUGGAGCUUCUACAGCAUCUGGAGGUAUCGUGCUAGACUUGCAUCUUUUGAAUAGACUUGAAUUAUCCGGAGAUAAAGAAACAGCAUAUGUGGGACCGGGGAAUAGAUGGGGUGUGGUGUAUGAAUUUUUGAAGCCAUGGAAUCUGACAGUUGUGGGGGGACGGGUGGGCGAUGUUGGAGUGGGAGGUUUUCUGCUUGGUGGAGGUAUAUCGUUCAUUUCCCGCCGUUAUGGAUGGGGAUGUGACAAUGUCAGGAACUACGAAAUCGUCCUUGCCAACGGCACAAUAGCCAACAUAAGCCACACCUCCAACCCGGACCUCUACUUCGCCCUCCGUGGCGGAGGAAAAAACUUCGGUGUAGUGACACGCUUCGACCUUGAAACUUAUCCUAACCUCCCCGUCUGGUGGGGUGGCUUCUACUUCAUGCUCCUAUCAUCAACACCCUCGCUCUUGUCCUCUCUCUCCAUCUCCCGCCCAUUCAAGCUUACGAUCUCCUCCGUCCUCGAACACGGAUCUCAGCUCCUCGUCAAAGUAGUUUGUAAACUCGGGUAUUGCAUUGAUCUCGACACGUUCGUCACAGCUGCCGCACGAUUACCGAUUGAAUCAGAAAACGAUCACGACGCCAUGGGCUACGCGACAUUUGCACUCAUGCCCAAAGCCAACGUCUACGACGUAGGCACACAUCUUGUUCAUACCGGUGCCAUCAGCGACGCACCAUCCUUCAACACCCUCGUCUCAGACUUCAAAGCCAAAUCCAUCCACUCCACCCUUCGCAUGCAGCAUCCUUAUGGCUUCACUCAGGAGUUAGACGAGUAUAAUCCCGUCGGCGUGAGAGUCACGUAUAACACUGCGUCUUUCAAGGUCGAUGCAGCGUUUCUGAAGCAGGUAGCGAGAAUCUUUAUUGACGAGGUGGAGAAGAUCAAGGGGCGGGAAGGGUUCUUUGCGGCGUACACUACGCAAACUUUGGCGAGGGAUGAGAUCGCGCAGUUUCAAAAGAAUGGAGGGAAUGCGUUUGGGAUCAAAGAAGAGGAUGGACCAUUGACUCUUCUUCUCAUGUCAUUCACCUGGGCAUCUUCUAGAGACGACGAGCUGGUCAUCCGCACAGCUCAAAACGUGAUUGACCGAUCUGUGGUCAUCGGCAAGAAAAUGGGCGUGCAUCAUCCGUUCAUCUACCAGAACUACGCUACCAAAGACCAAGCUGUGUUUUCGGGGUAUAGCGAAGGGAACCAGGAGAGACUGAGGAGGAUACAAAGAGAGGUUGACCCUGAGGGUAUCUUCGUCAAGUUGCAGCCGGGGUACUUUAGUCUGUAG